CGCAGUGGAGAGGAAAUGGUGGUUAUGUUCGUCUAGUGGAAGCCAUACAUUUUAAAAAAAGAGACAUCUGCAUUCAAAGACUAUUUCUUUUUGAAAUAUCUUAAACAGGAAAAUGAAUUUAAUGGUUAUGUACUUCUACUAACGCCAACAUAUUUCGAAAAGGUAAACACAUGAUUUUUAAAUAUUUGUUGCAUUCAUAAUAUUCGUAUCAAUCACAGAUGUCGGUGUGGAAAAGAGAUUUAUUCAAAUGGAGUCGAUCAGACAGGCCAACAAAUCCGGCUGUUUUACUGGGACAGGUUGAUGGUGAUAACCCAUCAGUAAAGUCUUUACAUUCUGCUGCGAGCAGUGGACGGAAGAAAGAUGUGAUCAGAUGCCUACAGACUGGCAUCAACCCAGAUGUUCCGAACGACGCCGGACAAACUCCACUUUUCAUUGCAGCCUACCAAGGUCACUACCGGGUCGUCGAGAUUCUUUUGCACAACGGUGCCAAUCCGAACGAAAAAAGCAAGACAGGUAUGACACCCGUACACGUCGCGUGCUACACAGGCAGUCUGCGUGUCCUGGGGGCUAUGAUAGAAGCUGGCGGUGAUCUGAGACUACACGACAAUCAAGGAGGCACGUGCAUGGACUGGGCCAAGCGACAGGCUGAUCCGAAAAGGCGAUUGAAAAUGCUUGAGUUCCUGCAGAAAAGUCAGCUUUUCGCUCUCAGCUACAGUGGUGAUUUUGCCUCAGUCAGGGCCUCUCGCAGUGUAGAGCGCCCGUCCUCCUUCCUGCAGCUAUUGCGCAGUAAAGUGGGUAGCCACAUCUCACUCGAAUCUUACCCUGACUGGGUGCCACACAGGGUCCGCAGCCACGGGUUCGGCAGGGUGUAUUACGGAGGAGACGCUUCCAGUGGGGUGCUCUCGGUAGUUCCCCUCAUCACAGAAAACAUGCUGAGCGAGGACGACCAGGGCGUGUGCUUUAACGUCAGCUCCCACUUCGUGAUGACCAGCAUGAAGUGGAACAUGACGCUGGUGACGGUGAAGCGUUUGGACAAGUUCGCAGUCGGGGAGAAUUAUGUAGACCUCCUCAUCUCGGAAGUAGAGCAUCUCAGCAAGCUGCGCCACCCCAACAUUCUGCUGCUUAUGUGUCUCUGCCAGACUCCAAGCCUCGAUGUCAUCAUGCUGGUGUUUGAACGCGUGGGUCUGGGCUCCCUCCACUACGUUCUUUACGAGCAGAUGGACCGACUGCCGAUGACCUAUGUCCGUGACAUCGCCCGCCAGGUGUGCGAAGCGUUGCUGUUCAUGCACAAUCAGAAUUGUCUGCACUGCGGUCUCUCAUCGCACGCUAUUUUCUUGGUGUCCAAGCACCAAGCGAAAGUAGGUUGUCUCGAGCACAUGGUAGAGCGGAAGAAGGCCGAAGCCGGGCACGGAAAUGCAGUCAUAACGGAAAAGCAAAAGGAUCAGAUUAACAGAUGGAUGGCGCCAGAGCUGAUGAUGGGCCAGCCUCUGAGCCCAGCCAGCGACGUGUACAGCUACUGUACCGUUCUUUGGGAGAUGAUCAUCGGGGAGAUACCCUGGAAGUCCUUGACCGCCCAGGAAGUCUUUGAUAAAGUGACACUCGAGCAAGAGCAGCUCCCUGUUCUGGAGGCCCGCACGCCUCAGCUUUUCCGCGGCAUCUUGGAGCAUGGCCUGAGACUGGAUCCAGCGGAACGCCCUGCGGACUUCUGUACUUUGCUCAGCUGGCUGCAAGGCCCAAUCGACAAAGCACCGGGAUGGAAAAGUAGCAGUCUGGAUCGCCUACUGACCCUCAGGCGGGAGUCGGACCAGCGAAUCUGCAUAGGAGGGUCCAGUGCGGACCGUGCCGACCUGGCGGACGGAAAAGAUUCCGACGGGGCCAGUAUCUCCCGCGAGCAGCGCCGAAGCAGCUUCGGUUCCGACGGACGACAAGGCGGCUACUCUGUCUCGCAGCAGACAAGCCGCACAUCUUGUAACUGGAACGACGUCGAUGGUCGGCCUCGGCCGGGUGGAGGUGUGACCUCUGACGCCAACAACCACUUCCGGACAGCCUUCAUGAAGGAGGUUUCGGAGGAAGUCACCGACAGCUGUUCCCCUCUUGAUGACUCCGAAAGUGACGAGUGUGACGGAAAGAAAACCUUUGAGAGGACCAAGCACGCUCCCAAAAGGUCACGUGGAAAGACAGACAGCUUGACUAAGCCCCCUGUAGCGCAGCAAAAUUCCAGAGUGAAGUUUUCGCCCAAUGACAGAGACAUUUCGCCUUCUUCCGGGCAUGCUUCCAGGCUAAAGCGGCGGUCUUGCCCUCCUCAGACGAAAUUCCCGCUCUCGCCAAACGUUUACAGUUACUCGUCACGGUCUGUGCGAGAUUCCCGCGCAAGUCAGUUCGCGUACGUAAAUAUGGCUGCACAGGAGGGCGACUGCAAGUUCCUUCCGCCCGUGAAACCCGCGAGUCACUCCACCGACGUCAAGGCCUUCAUUAGCGGGGAUCCGUACUGCAGCACGAGAACACUACCUGCGGCUUACUCCCCCAAAACCAGCAGUCUCCCGCGUAAUUCCUUAUUUUACGCAUGGUCUCCUCGCUCGCCCAGGUCUCGCUCUGCCCUGUCCCGCCAAUCCCCAGCCCGUGAGUCCCUUACCGAUGAGAAUAUCAAGGACGCAAAGCUCAGACACCAGGGAAGCGUGCGCUCGCUGGCCGAGCUGUUCCAGGCGCACUGCUACAAUCACACCCUCCGUCAGUCAAUCCUGCGAGGCAGCGCGUUUCCUCAAGGCACCUGCUCGGACGACUUGUCCCUGCUUCUUCGCGAUCGGUUGAAGCUCAAUGAAGACAUAUGCAGCAAGCAAGAUCAGUCGCAAACCAGCCCCUCCGACAGCCAGCAGGAGCUGGAAAAGGGAGAAGCUACUCCCAGUUCCGAAAGCCUUACCACGGUGUCCAAUCAGGGUAGCCCCCAGGAAGUGGAAACACCGAGGCGCAAGAGCAGACCAGAUCUCAUGCCCAACGUGAGCGCCACCAUGCCGACAGCGAGUGCAGCUGAAACGUUCUUGCCCAUAGCUCCGGACAGGGACUUAUCGCACGUGCCAUUACGCUCGGAGCCCAAGGUGGAGACCUGCUCGAAUCCGAGGGCCUUGCCUCAGAAUGUCUCGUCCAGGGUGACUGACACAGCAGGCAGACCGCGAACGUGGGGUACAAUCGUACCGGAUUCCAUGCGGCCACGUUUCAGUCGCAGUGAUAUCUCAAACGAAUAUUUUGACUUCCACGAGUACUACAUCGACGACGACAUUUCAUGCCCAUGGGACAGCGAAGCUGGGGGGAAGCUAGGUUCUACGUUCCGGGGUGACAUGGGGUCGACAAAGCAACCCAGCGGAUAUAUCACCGGAAACGUGGACGACAGACGCGGUUCAAGGGAAAAUUGUACUGACGAUGCAUUGACAUCGACAGCCGCACACCUGCCCAGCACUGACAAAAUGUCCGGAUGCGUUCAUCGCGCCAGGCGCUGCAAGUCGGAGACGACGCUGACCCAAGGACAGCGAGCAGCGACUUUUCUGGAGGAAGACCAAGACCCCGACUGCCCCGCCCAAUCCAAGGAUGGCUGCAUUGUGCUGAAUUUCGAGAGAAGCUUCCUCACAGAUGAAGAAUCUCAAGAGAAGGACGACAAUGACAACAUGGAGAACAGUACCAGUGGGCUGAACAUGGAAGAGAAGAAAGCAUCGUCGUCACGCCCAUUGAAUAGUGAGUCUCGAGUGCACGAGUUCUUCCUGCAGCCCAGCGACGGUGGCUUUGGCUACACCGCCACCCUGCGCGUGGAGAGCAGCCUGCAGAAUCCGGGCUGUCACCACAUCACCACCAUCGCCCGCGACCAGACCACGGGAGUGGCCACCACCGUGCACGAGGAAACAGUGCAGGCCGAUAAGCUGCGUACAACCAUCGGAAUCCGCUGAAACUGCUUCCAAGUCCCUCUGACACCCACUCACUUGCGGUCUGCAUCGUGGGGAGGUGGGGAGAAGGAACCUAACUGACGCGAAAGUACAUCAAGCAAGUUUUUUCUGGUUUUUAUUUUAAUUUUUGCCCGCGGUGCAGCUUGUGGUGAGGAAGUUUUGCGGUUCACAGGGCUUGAACACAGUGACAUGAUACGCUGCUAGGCACUAGAUGGAUGGCUGUCGUGAAGCGCAGUUAAACUUUAAUUGUUAGCAGUUUGGCCGUUAGUCAUCAAACUUGCACCUCGGCCCUGGGUGCUUGAAGUAUUCUGAAGUUUAAAGUCAAUUCGCUUGUGACGAGCACUGUAGAAGGUGAUCAAAAGGCAACAUUUACAGUAAUUGUCUAGCAAGAGAGGUUCAAGUCACAGAACUUUUUGUCCUUAACUUAACACUUAACAUGUUUCUGCAACCUUUUCUUUGUACGACCUCAGGACAAUUUGUUACUGUUGCUACAUUAUUAUUAUCAUCAUCGCAAAGAUUUGGGGCAAUUUGGCAUGACCACAUCGUUAAUGACAAGAAGGAAGGCCCCAGUCUUUGUCUUUUUGUAAACAGCCAGUUGAAGCAGCUUUCAAAGACAGAUGAUACUUUUAAGGGCGGACGGCAGAUAUACAGAUACAUCAAGGUAUAUAGCAAGAUAUAUAUAUAGUGUCUGCGUUCAUUUGUUUUCAGUAGGUUACAUCACGUUUAGUGGUAGCAACAUUUUACUCACAUAACCACUAAAAGGAGUGAUAAGCGAAACGAUCUGUGAACCAGCAACAGUCAUUUCUUCUUUUUUUUUUCUUUUCAAGUUCAUUGUUUCUUUUUUCCUUCUUUGCUGCCCUACUUUCUCUUCUUUCUUCCAUUUCUUUUCUCCCUUUGUCUUUUGUUCCCCUUUUUAUAGGUCUGUCUUUUAAUCAUUCUAGGGGUGUGCUUCUUUGCAUGUAGACGAAGGUAGGUGUAAUUGUUUUUUGUAGCGAUAGUCAUUCUUGAUAUUCAAAUUCAGAGCUACCUAUAAAGUGUAUAAGUUAUAGUAAUAUAAACUGAUUGAUAUUUGGCUUUAAUAUUUCACCUUGGAUUGCACUUUAGACAUAGUAAUAGUAACUAGGUAUGUUAGAAUGAAAUCUGUCAGAUGUUAUUUUCUGUGAAAGCCCGGUGGUAACACCAGACCUUUCCACUGUGUUCCUAAAGACGAUGCUGUCUUUCUAACGCUUUCUAUCCUCGUCUAACAGACAAUGGAUUUCUAAUAAUUAUUGCAUUGUUGUGCGAUUCUUAUACAUCUUUUCAUUAAAGUUACAAGUUUGAAA